AUUCUUGCCGCGAUAGCGGAAGAGGAAUACAGACAUAUAUAAUUAGAAGGAGAAAUGCUCCUUUGCGCGGCCGGAGAAGCAAAGACACUCUAGCUGACUUGAGAAAAUCGACGGCUGGAUUUCUUUCCUACAGCCAACGACAGGUUCAUAGUACGAGAGUUGUGUUGGGGCUUUUGGCAUGGCUUGUUUCGGUUCAAAAGUGCUACAAUCUAGAAAACCUAAACAGCACAAUUUAGCUGAUACGAUUCAGAUGGCUGGGGAGGAUAACCUGUCUAAGCACGCUGGAAGGGAAAAGGGUAAGAACAGAAGGCCUAGGAAAGAACAUCAUGGUUUGGACAAAGAUUAUUCUAAAGAAAUUCUGUCUGGGAGGUUGCCCGAGAAAAAUGAAAAAGCUCAAAAAUCCUCAAAGCGUCAUACUCCAUCUGUGCCACAAAAACCAGUUCUCAGGAAAAGGGUUGACCCGGAAACCGCGAAGUAUUUCUCAGAAAUUGCAAAUCUUUUUGAAGGAGGUGGAAUUGAGUUAGAGGAGAGGACUGUUGUAUGUGGCAAUGCCUUGGAAGAAACUAGGGGGAAGGAGUUGGAGCUUGCAACUGACAUGAUUCUAAGCCGUAUUUUGCAAACUCUUCUUGAAGGCUGUGACCUAGACCAGCUUUGCAGUUUCCUAUUAAGUUGUGCAAAGGAGUUUCCAUUCAUUGCAAUGGAUAAGUCAGGAUCUCACGUGGCCGAGACAGCUCUCAAGUCUUUAGCUUUACAUCUUCAGGACGAAGAGGCAUAUGCUUCCAUUGAAGAGACUUUAACUAAGAUAUGCGAGGUGGUUGUUGUUAGUUCUGUUGAUGUGAUGUGUGAUCGAUAUGGAUCUCAUGUCCUUCGCAGUCUUCUUUGUCUUUGCAAAGGAACACCACUCGAAUCUUUGGAGGAAUUUCAUGUUACAAAAUCAACUACUAUUCUAGCAGAGCGCCUGAACAGCAAGCUGCCGCCCAAAUCAGGUGGAUAUCAAUCACCAAAUGCUCAGCUGGGAUUUCCACAUUUACUUAAAUUUCUUGUUGGGGGCAUGUUCCAAUAUUCCAAAGAAAGCAUCAAAGAUCUGUGUGUUAACAACUACAGCAGCUUUGUUCUGCAGACUGCUUUGAAGUUAUUAGCAGGGGAUGAGCAAGAGUUGCUACAUGUAAUUCCUGUCCUUCUUGGCUGCCGUGAGGAAAACGAUGCAGAAGGGAAGCUCAUAGAAAUUACUGCAGUGCAUGGAUUUAGUGAUCUGCUUAAGGAUACUGCUUAUAGCCAUUUAAUGGAGGUUGUCUUGGAAGUGGCACCUGAGACUUUGUAUGAUAAGAUUUUCAUGAAAGUUUUUAAAGGGUCGUUAUUCGAAAUAUCCUCUCAUCAGUGUGGCAGUUUUGUUAUCCAAGCAUUAGUUUCUUCUACAAGAUCGAAAGGUCAGAUGGACUUGAUUUGGGAGGAACUUGGUCAAAAAAUAAAGGAACUUCUAGAGAUUGGAAAGUCAGGAGUUGUUGCUUCUGUCUUAGCUGCCUGUGAACGGCUUCAUACACAUGGACACGAGUGCUGUCUGGCCAUUGCUGCUGCAGUACGUUCAGAGCCAGAAUCUCCUAGCUGCAUUGUUCCACGGCUUCUAUUUCUUGAGAGCUACUUCCGCUGUGAGGAAAAGUCCAGCUGGAAAUGGGGAAAGGGUGAAAAGAUGCAUACUUUGGGUUGCUUAAUGUUACAAACCAUUUUUAAAUAUUCAACUGAGUUCAUCCAGCCAUAUAUCAUGAGCCUUACAUCCAUGGAAGCCGCCAAUAUUUUUGAAGCUGCAAAAGAUUCUGGGGGAGGCAGAGUUAUUGAAUCUUUUCUUUGUUCUGACGCUUCUACGAAACAGAAGCGCAAAGUAAUUGCCCAACUUAGGGGUAAAUUUGGAGAGCUUUCAAUGCAUCCUUCUGGUUCAUUUACGGUUGAGAAGUGCUUCACUGCUACUAAUUUGUCGCUGAGAGAGGCAAUAGCAUCGGAAUUGUUUGCUCUGCAAGCUGAGCUUUCCAAGACCAAGCAUGGCCCAUACCUGUUAAAGAAGCUAGAUAUCAAUGGAUACGCAGCACGGCCUGAUCAGUGGAAAUCAAAGCAGGCAUCGAAACAGAAUGCUUACAAAGAGUUCGUUGAUGUGUUUGGCUCAGAAACAAAAUCCCAAAACAAAAGCUUCCCCACCAUUCAACGCUCUCACGUGGUGGCAGGGCAGAAUAACCUGAAGCAGAUGAGAAAGGAGAUUGACCAAUGCCUUAAGGCUUCCAAUCCUGCACCGUCUUCUCAUUUGGAUUUCCCAGGUCUCGAGAUUUCAAUGUCGAAACUGGGUUUUCCUGCAUCGAAGUGCCGUAAGAAGGACAAUUCUGCUGGCACGACUGCUACCAGGGACGAGCAUGGAAGCAAGACAUUUGCGAAACAUGGCAAGGAUAAGAAAGCCUACACGAGUAAAAAGAGCAAAGAAUGGGAAAAACCUCCUGCGCCCGACAGUGCAGCUUCACUUAGUAAACUGACAACAGAUGGCAGCAAGCGAUCCAAGAAGUGGUUACCGACAGACAGCGCAUCAACGCCUUUAAAGAAACAGAAGAGGUGAGAAAGUAUUUUAUUUUGUUUUGCCCCCAUUUCUAGAAUUUUUGGACUGCUCAAUGUCCUUUUUCUGGGAGGAUUUUUUUUAAUGUAAGAGAAUGGAUGAGCUACAUGGGAAUUAAGUAAUUCCGUAGACAAUGGGGGUUUUCGUGAUGAACAAACUCUAUGAUGUUUCUGAGCAAUUAUAAUGAGAAAGUAGCCGCAUCCAAUUUCAGUUC